AUGUUACAGUGCCCAGACCAAUAUAUUCAUAAGUCAAAAGUACGUGGCACAAAUGCAAAAAUGCAGUACAGACCUGUACUGUUUCUGUUAUUGCCUGCUUUAUCUGAAACAGUGCACGGACAUUACGGAUAUGUCCAAAUGUUGUGUCAUGCAUCUAUCUCUCAAAAUUUCGAGUUUACUUUCUCAGUCAACUACAACAAGUUUGAAUAUCUGAGAUACAACAGUACUGAGAAAAAGGUUGUUGGUUACACUGAAUUUGGAGAGAAAUGGGCAGAGGAUUAUAACAUGAUUCUACUUGCAAAGGGAGAUCUUCCUGUGCAACAAUGCAGACAAUUGAGAAUGUUAACUGACCCUUUUGCAGCGUUAACAGAACCAGAAGUAAUUAUUCGGUCAGACAGGGAAGCUAAAGGGAAUGAGAAAGCUGUUCUGGUGUGCAGUGCCUAUGACUUCUACCCCAAACCCAUUAAACUGACAUGGAUGAGAGAUGAUAAAGAGGUGACAACUGAUGUGACGUCCACUGAGGAGCUGGCUGAUGGAGACUGGUACUACCAGAUCCACUCCCACCUGGAAUACUUCCCCAAACCUGGAGAGAAGAUCUCCUGUGUGGUGGAGCACGCCAGCUCCCAUAAACCCAUGAUCUAUCACUGGGAUCCUUCUCUGCCUGAGUCUGAAAGAUCUAAGAUCAUUCUUGGGGCUGUGGGGCUGCUGAUGGGGGUUUUUAUAGCAGGUGGAGGACUGAUCUACUACAAGAGAAAACACACAGGCUUUUUCAGACUUCCAGUCUGUUUACUUCCACUUCAAACAAUGAAUGGCACUGAAGAGCAGUAGGUCGCAAUAUCUAAGUCUGCAACCCUCCACACCAUCUUAGAGAACCGUGGCUUGAGUAUGAGGGCUGUGUGACAAUAUUUAGACAUCAGUCCCCUAUAAAGUAUUUCUCAUCUUCUGAUUAUCCAUAUUAUCUGAUUUAAUAAGCAUCAGUCUCUUUGGUUAAUCAGUCUCUUGUCAGUUAAAAUAGCAAUUCUAAGUUUUAUAGCUCCUCUCACCUUUCUUAUGGUUAUCUGUUAUCUAAAUAGUAUGGAAAUUAAAAAAAAAAGGGAAAAAAACUAUAAAACCAUUUCUGUCACUUUCCUAUUUGUUGUUGUACAUCUAGUUUCCCAUAAUUGUUAUGCAAAAGAUUUAGUGUGCAUAAAACUUUAUCGUGUUUGCUUAAAAUAUUAUUUUGCAUGUGAAAGUGUCAGGGGGUUUUAUAUUCAAAAAUCACUUUAGGAUGGUCCUGUUAGUGAUGGAAAAAAAACUGAGCUUUUAGAAACUCCAAAUCAACUGAACCAGUUGCUUUGCAAAAUGACUCUCUGUUUCAAAUUGCAAAUGUUUUCAUGAAAGUAAUCUUUUAAAUGUAAUCUACAAAUCAUUAAAUAAAAUUUACUAUGAAGUGUCUG